AUGUGUGUUAUAAUAACCUUUCCCAAUUGUAAAUUGUUCCAGGAUAGAGUUGGGAGAAAGACGUUAAGUUAUGAGAAACUAACAGAAGAUUAUCCCAGGUUCAAAGAUAUUUAUGAUAUUGAUACGACUCAAUUAGAUCUUGAUGCCUUAGUUGAUAUUGGUACCUACAUGAAUCCAUGUCCCUAUACAGUAUACCCAGAAACUACAGUAGGCCAGGUUUUUCACCUGUUUAGAGGAAUGGGGUUGCGUCAUCUGCCAGUUGUCAGCCAUCAAGGCGAGAGUUUUUAUAUCACCUCUUUUAGGUGUACUCACACAAACGCCAAUCCCUCAGCACCUAAAGUGGCCUUCACACCACAUCGAUCAACAAGAUUACGAAUAAGAAUAGCGGUCAACGCACUCUCAUGCAACUCUCUUAACUUAACAUAA